GAGAGGCGGCGGCGGGGCUGCUGGGCUCCGCCGAGCUGGGGCUGCUGAAGCUGGCGUCGCCCGAGUUGGAGCGCCUCAUCAUCCAGUCCAACGGGCUGGUGACCACCACGCCGACCAGCGGGCAGUUCCUCUACCCCAAAGCGGCCGCCUCCGAGGAGCAGGAGUUCGCCGAGGGGUUCGUUAAGGCGCUGGAGGACUUGCACAAGCAGAACCAGUUGGGCGGCGGCGGCCCCAACGGGGGAGCGACGGCGGCGGGAGGAGGAGGAGGCGGAGGAGGAGGCAGCGGGGGAGAGCUGCCCGCCGCCGGCCUGGCCCCGGAGCCGCCGGUGUACGCCAACCUCAGUACGUACCCCGCCGUCAGCUACGCCGCCGAGCCCGGCCCGUUCGCGGCCCCGCCACCCCGGCUGCCUCCUCCUCCCCCGCCGCCCCUGAAGGACGAACCGCAGAUCGUGCCCGAGGUGCCGAGCUUCGGCGAGAGCCCUCCGUUGUCCCCCAUCGACAUGGACACGCAGGAGCGCAUCAAAGCGGAGCGGAAACGGCUGAGGAACCGCAUCGCCGCCUCCAAGUGCCGCAAGAGGAAACUGGAGCGCAUCUCCCGCCUGGAGGAGAAGGUGAAGAGCCUCAAGAGCCAGAACACGGAGCUGGCCUCCACCGCCAGCCUGCUCCGCGAGCAGGUGGCCCAGCUCAAGCAGAAGGUGCUCAGCCACGUCAACAGCGGCUGCCAGCUCCUCCCGCAGCACCAGCACCAGGUGCCGGCCUACUGAGGGCCGACGGACCCCCCCGGGCCCACGCGGUGGCCGACGGAUCCCCCGCCCCCCCCGGGCCCUGGCGGGGCCGCAGCGGACCGAGGGGAACCGGGGGAGAAGCGCGGACUGUGGGGGGAGCGGCUGCGCAUGGCGCCCCCCCGUGGGCUGGGGGACUGCCCGGGGCCCGAUGGACUGAGGGGCUCCUGAGGGCGCCCCCCCGUGGGCUGGGGGACUCCUGCCCCCUCGCGGACCUAGGUGGGAGGGGGGCUCCUGAGGAAAUCCCGACGGACUAUGGGGGGCCGAAGGACUGAGGGGCUCUCGGGGGACCCCCUUCUCUCCCCCGCAAUGGACUGAGGGGCCCCCGGGCGCGGCCCCCGCCGCGUCGAGCGCCCGCGGCCUGCAGGGCCCCGCGAGGCCUCGGCCCCGCCACAUUCCACUGAGGCCCCGCAGUAAAAACGCCGCUCAGGA